UCAAGUACAUUAAGUAUCCCUUGCAGAAGUUAUUACUCUUUGAUUUUCGCAAUUGUCCUAUCCGAAAAAAUCUAAUGGAGGUUGGUCUACGUGUCGUCCGUGGACCGGACUGGAAUUAUGGGGACCAAGAUGGCGGUGAGGGUCAUGUUGGGACUGUGGUCAAGGUGGACGGAGCCUCGUCUGCUGGGUGUGUGGAUGUGCUGUGGGACUCUGGAACCAAGAAGACCUACAGAGUGGGACACGAGAGCGCCUUUGAUCUGCUGGUGUACGACAACUCGCAGUGUGGAGUCAGACACCGUGGCAUCAACUGUGACGUGUGCCAGACCGAGGUCAUCGUUGGUCUACGCUGGAAAUGUAACGACUGCAUCAACUUUGACCUCUGCACCCAAUGUUACAUGACGGACAAACACGACGUUACUCACACUUAUCAAAGGUUCUACAGCCCGCGUUCUGAUGGGUAGCUGCAUCUACGCGACGAAAGUUCUGAUUCGCCUCUCGAUGGGACUGCGACAGAUGGGACAGUUGUCAAUGACAGCAGCGCACGUGCCACAGCAGGUCAGGUGACCACACGGCACGAACGUGAUGACAGCCUCACUGUCCAUGCAGAUCGUACACGGCUGUCUCUCCACCUGUAUUGCAGAAGGACUGUCACUGCUACAAUUAUCCUGAAGUACAGCCUGUGUCAAAGAUUCAACGCUUUCAAACUGCUCGCCAGUCUCUGCUAGUCUUUUCUCUAAAGUUUUCUUGACCAAAUUCUCCGGGAUGUUAAGGUCAAGCACUUGUUUGACAAUGUCAUCUUUCAUCAUAUCUGCCAGCUUGUUCUCCAACUGAUCAGAAAUAACAAUAACAACUUUGAUAAGAAAUAUAAUGGAGUAUUUUGUACAUGUUUAUGGACAUUAGGUUAGUGGUUUCUUGUAAAGGAUUGAGGUGUGUAUGGGCAUCGGAUAGACUAUUUCCUCUUUAGCGACGGAGGAAUACAUACAGAGUUUCUUCCAGACAUCUCCGAAAGGGAGGGGGUGGAGUCCCUCCGAAGAAAGUCUACUGCCCUCCCCCGGAUGAAAUUGAAUUUAUAUUGAAAAUAUAUACUUUUAAGAGUGUCCGCCCCCUACCUCCCCGGAAAAUUUAGUCCGCCGGCACC